AUGGCCGCGCCCGACCUGCGCCUGCCCGACUCCGAGUGGCGCGCGCGGCUCUCCGCGCGCGAGUACGAGGUUCUGCGGCGCGAGGGCACCGAGCCAGCCUGGUCGCACGAGUUCAACGCGCUCGAGGAGGAGGGCGUCUUCACCUGCGCGGCGUGCGCGACGCCCCUCUUCCGCAGCCAAGAGAAGUUCGACUCGGGCUCGGGCUGGCCCUCGUUUUGGGCGCCGGCUGGCGACGACGCCGUCAUUACGAGCGUCGACUUCAAGCUGGGCCUGCCCCGCACGGAGGUGCGCUGCGCCGCGUGCGACGGGCACCUCGGCCACGUCUUCUCCGACGGCCCGCGCCCGACGGGGCGGCGGUACUGCAUGAAUGGCGUGGCGAUGCGCUUCUCGGCCGCC